CGCUGCUCUACCUGCUCACCAUCUUCGUCCCGCUCUUCAAGAACGGCUGGUGGUACGUCUUCACGCAGGUGGACAUGUCGCUCGCGUACGCGCUCACGUCUGCGAUCGGCAUCGUGGUGAUCCCCGAGAUCACGGUGCCCGGCUUCGAGGGAGUCAUCUACGGCGCCGUCACCACGUACACGAACCAGGCGAUGAACGUGGCGAACGCCAUCAACAACCUCCUCCUCGCCGUCUGGCCGUCCAACACGAACAACGACGAGCUCAAGGCGUGCGCCCUUGGACGCGCACGGCUAAGCGCGUCGGAGGCCGGCGCGUCGUGCGAGGAGGUGCAGUGGAACAUGGCGUGGCUCACGCUGCUCGCCACCGCCACCGCUUGCCUCUCGCUCCUCUUCCUGCCCCUGAUGCCGAGCCAAAAGGAGGAGGUGCGCCGGCUCGCGGAGCUGCCCCGCAGCCGCGCCGCCGGCUGGGCGAUGCUUGCGCUGCUCGCUUUCCUCGUCAUCUUCGGCACGGCGCUCCGUCCCGGCACGACCCUCGCCGUGCUGCCAAUCUUCCCGCAGACGGCCUGCCUCGAGAUCGCCGGCGGAAAGGGGUGCUAGGGCCGCGCUGCUAGCCGCGGGGUGCCGCAAGGUGCCAGAGCGCCGCGGGGUGCCAGAGCGCCGUCGUGCGGCCCUCCCCGGAGCAGCAUUGGCCCGUCGCACCUCUGGCAGCGCCGGCUCAGCUUGCGGGAGAGAGCUCACCUUGGCAGCGGGCGGCCACGGGCCUCCGGCUGCUCUGCACACGCAUACUAGAUCGAUAGAGAGGCGCUCACAGUCAACGAUUGGGACACCGGGGUACUCUAUGGGAGACACGUUGCAGCGCGGUGUACGACUGCAAAAAGAACAAUAAGUAAAAA